GUAUGGGAACAUUUUAUAAAAGUAGAAGGAUGUGAUCCUAAAUAUCCUAGGGCUGCUUGUAAACAUUGUGGGGCUUCAUAUGCUUGUGAUUCCAAAAGAAAUGGUACCACUAAUUUAAAAAGACAUUUAGAGAAAUGUAAGAUGUAUGUAAAUCCAUUGGAAGAUAAUGUUGAAGGAGAGGGAGAUUCUGAAAGUAAUUUGAUGACUGCAUCAUUCACUCAAGAAAAUUGUAGAAAAAUGCUUGCUAGGAUGGUUAUCUUGGAUGAAUUGCCAUUUAAGUUCGUAGAAAGUGAAGGGUUUCACCAAUUUUGUCGGGCAUUAAAUCCAAAGUUUGUGAUUCCAUCAAGAGUAACCGUUGCAAAAGAUUGUUUUCAAAUGUAUAUGAAGGAGAAAAAAAGUUAAAAAAUGCAUUAACUCGAAGUGGCCAAAGAGUUUGUUUAACAACGGAUACGUGGACUUCUGUGCAAAAUAUUAAUUAUAUGGUUAUAACGGCUCAUUUCAUUGAUGAUGAUUGGAACUUGCACAAAAGAAUUUUGAACUUUUGUCAAGUAGCUAAUCAUAAAGGAGAUACCAUAGGUAGAGCCAUUGAAAAGUGCUUAGAAGGUUGGGGUAUUGAUAGGCUCUUUACUGUAACGGUUGAUAAUGCGAGUUCAAAUGAUGUAGCCAUUGCCUACUUGGUUAAAAAGUUUAAAGGCAGAAAUGGGUUGGUGUUGGAUGGUGAAUUUAUUCACAUUAGAUGUUGUGCUCAUAUUCUUAAUUUAAUUGUUAGUGAUGCCUUAAAAGAUUUGCAUGUGUCUAUCAUUCGAAUCAGAAAUGCUGUGAAGUAUGUUAGGUCAUCUCCUGCUAGAUUGCAAAUAUUUAAAGAUUUUGCUAAAGAAGAUAAGAUGUCAACAAAAAAUUGUCUUACAAUGGAUGUUCCGACACGAUGGAAUUCUACUUUUACUAUGUUGGAUGGAGCAAUUAAGUGUCAAAAGACUUUUGAAAGAUUGGAGGAGCAUGAUCCUAGUUAUUUGCCAAAGGAUGAUAUUCCUACUACUGAAGAUUGGGAUAAUGCAAAAGUGUUUGUAAAGUUCCUAAAGACUUUUUCAGAGGUAACAAUGAAGUUUUCUGCAUCUAUGUCUGUGACUUCAAAUAUAUUUUUUCAUGAACUUUGUUUGAUCCAAGAAAUAAUUCGUGAAUACUCAUCGUAUGAGAAUGCAUUAUUGAGUUAAAUGACAUUAAGCAUGCAGACAAAAUUCAACAAGUAUUGGGGUAUAACUACAAGUGAGCAGACCAAUUUAUUAUUGUAUGUUUCUGUAGUUCUUGACCCUAGGUACAAGCUAGCUUAUGUGAAUUAUUGUUUUAAUGAAUUUUUGGAGGAAGAUUGUGCAAAAAUAUGGACAAAUAAGGUUGAAGAAGCAUUUCGUCGAUUGUGUGAUGAUUAUUAUAUGAGAAUGUCAAAAGAAAAAUAUUCACAAACACAAUCAUGUACACCUAUCGAAGGAUUUGGCUUUCAAAGUCAAAGUGAAAUACCUUCUAUCUCAUCUAGUGGAUCUUACAAGGCACGUGCUACUGUUCAUGAUAGAUUUAAACAAAGUAACAAAACAUGUCUAGAUGAUGCUAAAACAGAGGUGACUCGUUAUCUGGAUGAGGCUCGUAUAGAUUGUAUGGGCGAUGAAUAUUUAGAUUUGCUAACUUGGUGGAAGGUGAAUUCCUCUCGAUUUAAGAUCAUUAGCCAAGUAGCUAGGGACAUCUACAGUAUUCCUAUAUCAACUGUGCCUUCUGAGUCUGCCUUUAGCACUGGAGGACGGGUGUUAGAUUCUUUUCGAAGUUCUUUAACUCCUCAAACUGCAGAGGCACUCAUUUGUGCUCAGAAUUGGAUUCAGUCUAAACCUUUGGAUGACAUGACUGAAGAAAUUGACGGGGCUGAAGAAAUUGAUGAAGAAUUCAUAAACAUAGGAAAGGAGAUGGAAGCUGCAUUUGAGAAUUUGAAUAAUGACUCUAUGAGUCUUGAAGCUCAAUGAUGGAAGCACUUUGGGUUAUACGAACAAGGUGGUCUCAUGAAGAUGUUCAUUAAUUCAUACCUUCCCAAUUGU